AUGUCUCUCGACGAUGAUAGAUCCAGCACCCUUACCCUAUUAUAUGACUAUGGAUUCAACAGAGAUCUUGUCACCAUAAUGAUUGACACUGGGCCGGACUCGGAGACGAACGACGAGUUGAAGCAUCGUGCCAAGUCCAUUCUUUCGGAAAUGGGAUCUACGAUUACCUCAGUUGGCCCGCACGGGCUCAGGACAUCUGAUCUAUUGGAUGCAAUGAUGGAGGGCUCACAGGCAGCUGGUCUGUCAAGCGGUGUACGCUACUCAGCGGCUGCUAUCAUAGCAGCCUAUCAAAAGGGAGAAGCGUCCAACUCAUCUGCAUCCGAGUUAAUUAAGUUGGCGCAUGAUUGGUUUUUAUUCUUCCUCUGGCCUUGUAUGUUGUCUUCUUUGUUCGCAAGCCACUGCUCGGAGUCCUCCGAGUCCGAGUUCACUCCCACUCCCCGUGCUUCUGAAGUCAGUGCUGACACUGUGCUCGCGACAUCGCGAGGUUCCAAAUUCCGGAAUUUGAUCAGCGAACGAGACGACAAGUGUGUGGUCACCAGAACUUUGAAUAUACACAAGGGACCAUAUCCCCCUGGUACCAAGGGUCAUGAAGGGCUCCUCAAUGCCACUCACAUCCUUCCAAGAUCCGUUGUUCACGAGCAUUCCGGAAGCAACGUCACGCGCGUCGCGGCAACCAUUGACAUAAUCAAGCAUUUUACCAAGCUCCCCGAAAAUAUCUUGGACAACUUAUCUGGUGUCAUCGAUAACCCAGAGAAUGGAAUGUUGCUUGAUAUGACAAUGCAUGAUACAUUCAACAGCUACAUGUGGUGCUUACACUCCACAGAUAUCUUGCACAAAUAUAAAGUGCAUUGGUUCCGUCCCGUCCCUAUGGGUAUGGGGAAUUUUACAGAAGUCCAAUUCCAAGAUAACUCUCAAACCGACAUUCAGCAUCCAGACCCUACGUUCAUUGCGCUCCGUUCUGCGCUUGCCCAUAUCCUACACCUCAGCGGUGCUGCAGAUGUCAUAAAUAAGGUUCAUGAGGCGUUCUUUGAUGAAGGCUCUACAGUGCCGUUUGAAAAUUGUGCUAGCCAGGAAGAUUUCCUUAUCAGACUCUCGUUGAUCGAGUUGAUGACAACAAAACACCAAUUAGCAACCAACCCUCAUGGAACACAGGGACAUUAG